AUGGCCGACGAGGUGAACACCAACGCGCCAGUAGAUGCGCCAGCCGUAAGUCCCGUUGUCGCGUCACGUGAAACCAUGUGGUCGAUGCUGAGAACGCCCCAGCCUGCCGUCCACAACGACUCGACUGAGCCUACCACGACGAACGGCGAGACGACUGAUCAAGAAGAGAAGGAGAAGGGCGACGAGACCAUGGCCGAGCACACCGAGUUGGACGACACUACCGUCGUCGACACCGACGCGCGGGAAGCCGGCAGCGCGCCCGCAGAGCCUGCUUCAGAGGACGCGCCUGCGUCAGGCAGCAAGGACAAGAAGCGGAAGUCCACUGGAGGCGUGCCGGAGCACAAGAACAAGAAGAACAAGAAGAAGAAUCAGCUGGAGCUUCACCUCGACUGCAAGCCAGGCGAGUACUACUGGGCGCGGCUCAAGGGAUACCCGCCAUGGCCCUCCAUCAUUUGUGCCGAGGACAUGCUGCCCGAGACCCUCCUCGCCACUCGUCCGGUGAGCACUGCGCGCCCCGAUGGCUCCAUCCGCGACGACUUCAAGGAAGGUGGCAAGAACGCCAAGGAACGCACCUUCCCUAUCAUGUUCUUGUCUACCAACGAGUUGUAAGUGCACGCAAAUCUGCGUAUCCACUAGAACCCUCACACUAACGCGACAUCGCACAGCCAAUGGAUGGUCAACACCAAUCUAAAGCCUCUGAACCCCAAGGAUUGCGAGGAACUGCCCAAGACCAAGAUGACUCGGGCUCUGUCAGAUGCGUACAAGAUCGCAGCCGAGAACCACGGCAUCGAUCACUACAGAAAGAUGCUCGUCGUGUGGCAGGAGGAGAUUGACGCUAUCAAUAGGCAGGCUGAAGAACAACAGGCUGAGGCUGAGCGCAUCGCUGCCGAGAAGGCUGCCAGGGCCGAGGCCGAGGCCACCGAAGAUGCCAAGGACAAGCCGAAGAAGAAGGCUCCUCGCAAGAGCAAGGGCGCGGACACUGACGUCGAGAUGGAUGAUGCUGAUGCGCCAAAGUCUAGCAAGAAACGUAAGAAGGAUGCUGAGAGUGAUGCCGAGGCCAAGGUAAGUUUCCACUUCUUCGCCAUGACAAGAGAAUUCACCUGACAUGCGCACAGCCUAAGAAGACACCCAAGAUUACCAAGCUCAACGGCCCGAAGACUCCAAACGGCGACACUCCUGCGGCGAAGAAGUCGGCUUCGAAGCCGAAGAAGAAGGUCGUGACCGCCCCGAAGCCGGAAGACGAGGAUGGUCCAAAGCCUCAGCUCACCGAGGCUGAGAAGCUGGAGCAGCGCCAGAAGGCCGUUCUCUACCUGCGCCAUCGCCUUCAGAAGGGCUUUCUUGCGCGCGACCAGGCUCCACAGGAAGCCGAGAUGCAUGGCAUGUCCGAAUUCUUCACGCAGCUGGAGGCGUACGAGGAUCUGGAGCCGUCUAUCAUCCGGCAUACCAAGAUUCACAAGGUACUCAAGGCGAUUGUGAAGCUGGCAACGGUACCCAAGGACGAGCAGUACAACUUCAAGAAGCGCAGCACCGCUCUGCUCGACAUCUGGAACAAGCGUAUGGAGGCCGAGGGAGACGCCGCGCCAGCAUCGACGGUUGAGAAGGCCGACAUCAACGGCGAGAAGACACCUGCUGAGCCCACUCCUGCCGUCGAGGGGGCGAAAGAGCUCGAGACGAAGGCGGAGAAAGAUGCGGACGAGGUUGACGAGAAGGCGAGCGCGGCGCCUGAUGCGAAGGCUGUGAUUGCAGAGGCGGCGGCGGCAGAGGAGAAGACUAGCACCGAGCCAGCUGCCGAGAAAGAUGCCGAGGGCGAUGUGAGCAUGCAGCCUGCUCCUCAGACAGCCGCGGCUUGA